AUGGAAUAUCCCCGGGAAGAGGAAAACCCAAAUACGAAAAAUCUCAAUAUUAUUGAAGUUGAACUGAAUAAUAUACCACCAAAUAAGGACGAUCAUUCUCCAUCUGUAUCCGAUGACAAUGCAGAAUUCCUCCGCUCCAAUCGUUCUCCCGAAUCGAAAAAUCCUCCAACAUGUUUACAACGAGUAAAAGAUGUAUUUGGCCGUAUUGUGCCGUAUGGUGGAUUUGUGUCUAGUGUGUUUAAUUUGGCUUCUGUGUGUGUGGGUGCGGGUAUUCUUGGAUUACCAGCCGCAGCAAACAGCAGUGGUUUGUUAAUGGCCAUUAUGUACCUUUUGGUGAUCUCCUGUUUCGCCGUGUUUUCUCUCUAUAUUCUCUGUAAAACAAUGGAAAAGACAGGAAUCCGCUCAUUUGAAUCCAUGGCUAAGUAUUUAAUCGGAAGUCGUUUUGAUUACUUUGUUGCCUUUAUUCGAUGGAUUAACUCUUUUGGCACAACCAUUGCAUACAUCAUCAGUGUUGGUGAUAUUCUUCAGCCUAUUCUGUUGAAUGCAUCGGGAACUCCUGAGUAUUUGAAAACGAAAUCCGGACGACGCCUCUUGACAAGUUUAACGUGGCUUGUCCUUAUGCUUCCCUUGGUGCUUCCCAAACAAGUGAACAGUUUACGCUACGUUUCCACCAUUGCUAUUAUUUUUGUGGUUUAUUUUGUGGUGAUGAUUGUCAUUCAUUCCUCUUUAAAUGGACUGGAGAAUCUUCAUCAUAUCGAUGGUGAGACCAUAAAGCUGGUGAAUACGGGUAAUGACGCUGUGGGAGGUCUUGGUGUGUUUAUGUUCGCCUUCGUCUGUCAAAUCAAUUGCUUUGAAGUUUAUUGGGAAAUGACAGAUCGUUCCAUUAAAAGGUUUACAUUAUCUUCCGCGGUUGCCAUGAUCUUGUGCUGUGCUUUAUACAUCUUCACUGUCUUCUUUGGAUACAUUGAGUUUGGCAGCAAGUUGAAGGGUUCCAUUCUCCUCAUGUACAAUCCAGUAGCGGAGCCGAUGGUGAUGGUGGCGUAUGUUGGCAUAUUGGUGAAGUUGUGUGUUUCCUACGCCCUGCAGACAAUGGCGUGCCGUAACGCGAUUUACCACGUCAUUCGCUGGGAGGUGGCGACCCUCCCGUACUGGAAACACUUCAUUGCGGUGAUUUUACUGUCCACCGUGGUGUUGCUGUGUGGGCUGUUCAUUCCCAAUAUCAAUACGGUGUUUGGGUUUGUGGGGGCCAUCUGCGGUGGUUUUCUCUCCUUUGUGUUCCCCGCGCUGUUCUAUCUCUACUCCGGUGGGUGGACCCUGCGGUCGGUGGGCUGGUUUGAUUAUGUCUUUACACACCUGCUCUUGAUUGCCGGAGUGAUUGGUAUUGUGUUUGGCACCAUCGCAACCAUUUACAGCACAGUGAUCGGGUAA